CCAUGGUGCUCGCUACGGUACGGGGAAGAGGGUCUCUCCUGGCCCACCGGGCGGUGCUGGUCGCUAGCGGCGCCGCUCGCACGAGCAACGCCGUCGCGGUGUUGCCCCGGCGGUUGUUGAGCAACAUGCCACCCAACCCCCCCUCGGUGAAGAGUAAGGAGAGGUCUGAGUUCCGGGAAGCGAAGUUGCCGGUGGACAACAUCGAGUUCAAAGAGACGGGGCUGCUGACGACAAUAGACAGGCUCUCGAACAUCAUGUUCAUGGCGGAGAUCUUCCGCGCGUUGUGGCUCAGCGCCGAGGUGUUCUUCAAGCCCAAGGUGACCAUCAACUACCCCUUCGAGAAGGGCCCGCUAAGCCCUCGCUUCCGCGGGGAACACGCCCUGAGACGCUACCCCAGCGGGGAGGAGCGCUGCAUUUCGUGCAAGCUGUGCGAAGCCAUCUGCCCCGCUCAGGCGAUCACGAUCGAGGCGGAGCAGCGCGAGGACGGUAGCCGUAAGACCACGCGCUACGACAUCGACAUGACCAAGUGCAUCUACUGCGGGUUCUGCCAGGAAGCGUGCCCCGUCGACGCCAUCGUGGAGGGCCCUAACUACGAGUUCGCCACCGAGACCCACGAGGAACUGCUUUACGACAAGGAAAAGCUCCUGGCCAACGGCGACCGGUGGGAGGUGGCUAUCGCGCAGAACCUGGCUGCUGACCACCCCUACCGCUAACGCAAGAAUGUCGGGCG